AUGAAGCUCCAGCGAUGGCGGGAUCUAGCCAUCUCAAUGAACCGCUCAUCUCGUACCGCCCCGUUUCUCAACCUGCGCCUUCUGCACGAAGGCCCUGACACCGUGGAGGAGCUCUUCGAGCGGCACACGGCGGAGAAGAAGCAGAAGAAGUCGUCAAUCCUCGACGACGAGGAGGAAGAGCUCCUGAACCGGCGGAGGCUCACCAGCACGCGCCGGGAGGCGCUGCACCUGUACAGGGACAUCCUGAGAGCCACGCGAUUCUUCGCGUGGCCGGACGCUCGCGGCGUGCCGUGGAGGGAUAUCCUGAGAGAAAACGCGAGGAAGGAAUUCGAGGCGGCUCGGUUCGAGAAGGAUCCCGAGAUCGUGACGCGGCUGCUAAUCAAUGGCCGCGACGCCGUGGAAUCGGCCUUGGAGAAGCUCGCCGAGAAGCAGCGGCAGCAGAUUGAGAAGGAGCGCGGCGGCGGAGAUGGCGGUGGUGGUGGUGGUGGUGGAUACGGCCGAUUCUGA